UUUUUAUUUUAUUAUUUUUUUAAUUUAAUUUUAUUUUUAAACUUUACAUAAUUGUAUUAGUUUUGCCAAAUAUGCCACUUUAAUUAAAAGCAAAGGAUUGUAUUUUCUUGAGUAGUGUGUUGUUACAGAACAAACAAGAAAAAAACCAUUUGUUUUCUUCUCUCUCCUAGAAUAGUCUUUGUGUCUCUCCAGUUCCAUUUUUUAGAAAUGACUGAAGACUGUGUAGCUUACUUUAAGGUUAUUCAAAGGUCACGUACGUGACAAAGUCCUAUGCCAGUUUCACAAAAUCACAAAGGACAAACACAUUCAGAGAGUAAAUCUUUAAACAGAUUUAAUAUUUAUCAGAUACAGAUAUCUUUAGUAAAUAAUUUUCUCUAUAACUUUGCUAAAAAGCAACCACCCCAUGCUUUCAAAAGGACUAGGGAAACUGAUUCCAUUGCUCUGUUACAGUAGUGAGGUGAGUUAGACCCAGGCAUGAGAAACUGGCAUGAGGUCGCAUAGACUUAGUAUGAAUUAAAGAAAACAUUUUCUCCCCUUGAACUUCUCUCUGUAAAGUCAUUUUGACUCCUCUUGAAUAUCACCUGUUCGCAAUGGCCUUUGAGGAGCUCCUGGAUAAAGUUGGUGGCCUGGGGAAAUUCCAAAUACUUCAGAUGGCUUUAAUUCUUCCUUCCCUCAUGAUAGUAGUCUGUCACUCACUGUUGGAGAACUUCACUGCAGCCGUUCCUGGUCAUCGCUGCUGGGUCCACAUCCUCGAUAAUGCCACUGUCUCUGAUAAUGACACUGGGAUCCUCAGCCCUGAUGUCCUCCUGAGAAUCUCCAUCCCACUGGAUUCAAACUUGAAACCAGAGAAGUGUCGUCGUUUCCUCCACCCCCAGUGGCAGCUCCUUCACCUGAAUGGGACUUUCCCCAACAUGACUGACCUGGACACGGAGUCCUGUGUGGACGGCUGGGUGUAUGACCACAGCUUGUUCUCCUCCACCAUUGUGACUGAGUGGGACCUCGUAUGUGAUCAACAGUCACAGAAACCGUUGAUUCAAUCCCUGGUCAUGAUUGGAACAAUGGUGGGGGGCCUCAUCUAUGGCCAUCUCUCAGACAGGUUUGGGCGAAAGCUGAUUCUCAGGUGGUGUUUACUCCAACUUGCCAUCUCUGGGACCUGUACAACCUUCGCUCCCAACAUCUUCAUUUACUGCUUACUACGCUUCUUGUCGGGCUGUUCCAUUGCAGUCAUAAUAACAAACAGCUGUUUUCUAAUUAUAGAGUGGACAAGAUCCCAGUCGAAAGGCAUGGUAUUAACAUUGAUAUACUGUGCCCUUAGUAUUGGACAGAUGAUGCUGGGAGGACUGGCUUUUGUCUUUCGAGAAUGGCGCACCCUGCAGCUGGUGUUGUCUGUACCUUUCUUUGUCUUCUUUCUCUCUUCAAGGUGGCUGGUGGAAUCUUCUCGAUGGCUGAUUAUCACCAAUAAACCAGAUGAGGGCUUAAAGGAACUUAAAAUAGUUGCACACAGAAAUGGAAUGAAGAAUGCUGAAGAAAUCCUGAACUUGGAGGGUUUGAGAGCGACCAUGCAGGAGGAGCUGGAGACAGCACAGACUAAAACAACUAUGCUUGACUUGUUCCGCACACCCAACCUGCGAAAAAGGAUCUAUCUCCUGUCCUUUGUGAGAUUUGCAGGCACAAUACCCUUUUUUGGCAUUAUGAUCAAUCUACAGCACUUUGGAAGCAAUAUUUUCCUGUUCCAGGUAAUCUUUGGAGCUCUCACUAUCUCAGUCCGAUGUCUUGCACUUUACCCACUGAAUAAUGUGGGCCGUCGACCAACCCAGAUGUUUUUCAUGUUCCUGGUGGGACUUUCCAUUUUGAUCAACAUGUUUGUGCCUCAAGAUAUGCAGACCCUGCGUGUGAUUUUGGCAAGUGUGGGAAUCAGCUGUGCUGCUUCCUCUCACACCUGUUUUUCUGUCCACCAAAGUGAACUCCUCCCCACGAUUGUCAGAGCAAAAGCUGCAGGAUUAGAUUUGUUGGCUAACAGGUGUGGGGCAGCACUGGCUCCCCUGCUGAUGACCCUAGUGGUGUAUCUACCCACUCUGCCCUGGAUCAUCUAUGGAGUGUGCCCCGUCAUUGCUGUUCCUGUUCUCCUUCUCCUACCUGAAACUAGAAAUCUGCCUCUGCCUGACACCAUCCAGGAUGUGGAAAAUAAGAAAAAGUUUUCAAGAAAAGUAAAUGAAAAAGAUUUCUACAUAAAAGUGACAAAGUUUUAAGGAGUUAUUGGUGAAGAAAAGAAAAAUACAAAGAACAAAUACGAAUUUUCCUUUCUAUUCACAAGCUAGCAAGAAAAUAUACUGGAAAAUGUAUCUCAUUUACAAUCAUUAUAUUAAUUUGCACUUUAUCAUAUACUUUGCUGGAACAUGUAAUUUCAUGAACAGUUCAAUUUGGGGGGAAGUAGUUUAAAAAGUUUUGAAUUUAUCAAUAAACUAUUAAUAGACAGGAUGAUUCAGAUUCAGAAACAAAGAAACACCAUGGAAUUAGGAUCUGACUGGUUGAUACAUGGAACAGCAUAUGGUGAACUUUAAAAAAAUUUACAAAAAUCAGAGCACUAUAUCAUAUGUAAAUGGCCAUUGAAAGAAAUCCGGAAACAGAUACCCAAUAUGUAUAUGCUUAACAUAAUACAUUUGACAUCAUAAAUCUCCUUCAAAAGAAA